AUGGCGGAAAAGAUGAAAAGAAAAGUUGUAGAUGAAAACAGAAAGUUCCAAAGUGAGUUGGAAGGAUUAUACUUUGUCAUUCAAAUAAAAGACAAAAUUAUAUGUUUAAUUUGUCGUGACUCCAUUUCAACUUUGAAAUCAUAUAACUUGAAAAGACAUUUUGAACAAAAACAUAGUGAAAUUGCAGAACUUACUGUUGGUGAAAGAAAAGCAAAACUAAAACUACUUAAGGACAAUCUGGGAGCACAACAGAGUUUUUUGCGUAAGCAACAUGUACAAUCAAAUGCUAUUGUUAGUGCCAGCAUAAAAAUCUCUUAUAUUAUUGCGAAAAAAAUGAAACCAUUCGCGGAUGGUGACUACAUCAAAGAAUGCCUAGUUGCCGCAGUUGAAGAAAUCUGUCCAGAAAGCCCAGCUUUUUACUCAAAUCAGUCUUCCCCAUCAAACUUUUCUAAAAAUUUUGUAUAUUUUUCAUUGGCUUUGGAUGAAACAACAAAUAUUAAGGAUACUGCUCAGCUUGCUAUUUUUAUCAGAGGUGUUGACAGACAAAUGAAUGUGACAGAAGAACUUCUCGAACUUGUGAGUUUAAAAGAUACAACAACCGGAAGAGAUAUCAAAGAAGCUGUUAUAAAUUGCAUGCAAGUUCAUCAGAUUGAUUUGAAAAAUCUUAUAGGAAUCGCUUAUAGGAAAAAAUGUUGGUGCAGUCAACUUGAUUCUUGGCCACAAAGAAACCUUGCAAAAAACUAA